CAAAUUAUUGCACUCUAGUUGUUGCAUUGAAGCCGCCGACAUGUGGGCGUUAACAUUGGCUUUGCUCCUCGGAGCCGCGAGUGCUGACCAUAGCAAUGCUUGGGACACUGAGAAUGAGUAUCACUACACCCUAGAGAGUAGAAGUCUCACGGGUCUUCCAGAGGUCUCCGAUCAGUACUCUGGAGUGAUGAUGCGAGCAACACUGAAGAUUCAACCUAAGAACGAAGAUAUGCUCCUUGCACAGCUCUCCAAGGUUGAAUAUGCGCCAGUUCACAUGCACCUACCACACGGUUGGGAUUCGAUGAUCCCCGAAAGCGAUCAGAAGUUCAUGCCACUGACCACCUCACGCAAGUCCUUCGGUAUCAAGGUGGAGAAUGGUAUCAUCAAGGAGCUGAUGUUCGAUAAGGAUGUACCCACUUGGGAAGUGAACAUCCAUAAGAGUGUGAUCAGUCAGCUUCAAAUUGAUACUCAGGGUGAAAACAUGAGAUCCUCCGUCAGCAAUCAACCACCCUCUGACAAAAUUAUCAAUGCCAUGUUCAAGACCAUGGAGGACUCUGUUGGGGGUAACUGCGAGGUCCUCUAUGAUAUUAAUUCACUCCCUAGACCGGUGGCUGAGCUGAUGCUUCAACAUAUACCUGGUAAACAGUUCAAAUCAGAAGGUGAAUUAAUUGAGAUAAUGAAAACGAUGGAUUAUGAGAAAUGUAAACAACGGGUUGCUGUCCACUUCGGAAUGCCUGGGAACUUCGACUUUGAACCUGCUAGCAAUAAGAAAGGAGAAUUCUUCUCUAAAUCUUCGAUCAGUGAGAUGACAUUGACCGGCACUCUCACGGCCUUUACCUUGCACUCAUCGGUGACGACUGAAAAAGUCAUUAUGAGUCCAACUGUUCCUGAUAGCAAGAGCUCAGUUGUUAUGAGCAGAGUGAACCUAACUCUCUCUCACGUACAACCUAAAUCGAAUCCCUGGCCAGUCCCGUCAAACCCUGAAUCCGUCGGAAAUUUAGCGUACACCUAUGAGCAGCCGUUCUCUCCAGAAGGAGAGGAUCGCAUGCCCGGGAAGCCGACGAUGAGUUCGAGUUGGAAGAACCUAGAAGUUGAAGUAGAAACCACCAGCGAGGAGAGCCUCCACAAAAAUCAUUUCGACGACUCCAGUGACUCCGGAUCUGAUGAAGAUGAUUUGAAUGCUGACAUGAAGCCCAACCUGCAACCGAAACCGACAUUGUCGCAGCCACCCCAGUAUCCGAUUCUUCCUCUCUUCAUUGCCAACAAAGGAAAGGCUGUUUCAAGCUUUGAUAGCGUUGACAUUGUGGACAAGACUAAAAAACUCGCCAAUGAAAUCGCAAGCGAUUUGGAUGACCCCAGUGCAAUACCUGAGGAGCAGACACUCGAAAAAUUCACAAUUCUCGUGGGUAUCCUGAAAACAAUGAAUAUUGACCAGCUGAGAGUGGUAAAGAAGGAGCUUUAUGACCACUCUAAGAACACUGAUGAGAACGACCAGCAACAGAUGAUCAUGAUAAAUGCCAGGAAGGUCUUCAGAGAUGCCAUGACCAGCGCCGGUACUGGGCCUGCCCUCGUCAUGAUAAUUGAAUUGAUUCAGGAGAGGCUGCUCGAUGCUCUAGAGGUGAUGAAUGUUGUAUCCACUCUACCGAAAACUUCCAAGGAACCGACGCCUGAAUAUCUCGACGCUUUCUUCAAAAUGGCUGCUGCGUUGGAGUCCCAGAGAAAGGACAACUCGAAGGGAGCAUCAAUCCAGGAAGCUCUGAAGGACGAUGCUGUCUCUACAGCUGCGAUUCUUGCUUUCACCGAAUUACUUCGAUACGCUCAAGUUAACCAACUCGCCGUUCACAAUCGUUUCCCAGUCCACGUUUUCGGAAAUUUCAUUCCAAAGAGUAAUAACGCUUUAUUGCGUGAUUAUUUGCCUUAUUUAAUUGAGAAAAUGGAGCAAGGAAUUGAGGAGAACAGCCCUCGUGCCACCGUGUACAUCCGCGCUCUCGGCAACGUGGCUCACCCCAGAACCCUUGCAGUUUUUGAGCCGUAUUUAGAAGGCAAGAAGCCAUCCACUGUUUAUCAGAGGCAGAUGAUGGUUCUUGCCUUGGAUAAAUUAGCUGAUGAUCGACCUAAGGUUGUUCGAGGUCUUGCCUACAGAAUUUACCAGAACACCGGAGAAUCUUUCAAAGUCCGUGGUCUUGCUGUUUUCCUAGCGAUGAAAACCAAGCCUCCUCUUGCGAUGCUUCAGCGCAUGGCUCAGUUCACUAAUUAUGAUGUCAGCAAACAUGUAAACUCAAUUGUUAAAUCUCUGAUCGAAGGUGGAUCUGAUUCAGAAAUUAAAGAAAACGAAGAGUUCGCUCGUGAUGCGCGCGCUGCACGCGCUUUUUUGACACCUGAGAUGUACGGGCUUGAGUAUUCAACCGCAGUAAUUAUGGAUAACUAUUUGAAAGAGAUGAGCAUCGGCUAUGCAGGUCAGAUAUCGUGGAUCUACGGUGAGGACAGUGCUAUGCCUCAGGGUAUUUACAAAGCAUUCGAUGCAAGUUAUGGUGGUAUCAAAGUUCCUAAAGACGAGACUGGUAUAAUGGUGUCCAGUGUGAAGGACUUUUACAAGAACAUGAAGCGUUUGUUGAAGAAUUUCAUAGACGAGAAGAAGGAUCACCCAAUGAAGAUGAAGGGGAAGAGUCCGACUGAAGCGGUUGUUGAGAUGCUAGACAUUGAAGGAAAAAAGAAAGACAAAUUCGAAAUGUUCUUCCUGUCCAGGGAUAUGUACAGCAGCUCGUACUUUGUCAUGGGCGAAGACAUGCUUAAUCCCAUUCCCGAAGAAUACAUCAGACUUGCUGCUAAAUCGUUGAAGUCAGGCAAAAGCUUCAACAUGAUGAGCCUCCAAAAUUUUGAGGUCGCAGUCGGUUUCCCGUUAGCUACAGGUCUUCCCUUCACCGGCGAAUUCCAGAUGCCCCGCUUGCGCCAGCUCUCUGGAAAGAUGAAGAUAUCAACGGGCUCAGACUUACCAAUAGGAUCAGCUAGUAAACUUGAUAAAAUGAUUGCUGCCAUGGAUAUUCGCAUGGUCAUCUCCCAAAAAGGUCAAUCACGCUUUGGGUUCGUAACUCCGUUCGACGGUACUCAGUAUGUCACAGGAACGGACAAGAAUAUCCACUUCCACAUCCCAAUGAGCGCCAAAGUCAAUUGCGAUGUAGCCAAGAAAGAGAUCCGCAUGAAACUCAUGCCUAUGAACAAGAAUAAAGCGGUAAAAAUGGUGCACUGGAGUGCGAUGCCCUUUACAGCUCGUAAGAAUAUUGAAGACCUCAAGCCGACCGCUUCUAUGGGGAAUCCGGGAAUGAUGAUUAUGAAGAAGGAUGAGGAAGAGCAAUCCAUGACAAUAAUCGGUUCGGAGAAACGAGGACUGUCGUUUAAGAUCACUGAGACCAAAUCCGGAGAAUCUUCCAGUGUCUUAGAGAAGAUGACCGAUCUUGACACAAUAUGGCAGAACGUAUUGUUUCCAAUGGUAGACAGGAAAGUCGAGCCUUAUUCAAUCGAUGUUCUCAGCAUCCCGAGUCCUUCAAGCGAUCCAGAGAUCAACUUCGUGGUCGGCUGGGACACCAUGAGCAAGAAUGAACUAUCUGACAAUUCAUCCGAGAUGUCUCACCGUUGGAUGUCAAAACCGGAGAUCAUCGAGCCCUUGGAUAAAGAUCUAGCAAGUCCAUUCAGAAAAAGAGAAAUGAUGAAGGAGGCCCUCAAGGAAUUGCCAGCGGCUGAUGCUGUGGCCGUUGAUAUCGCCCUCGAAUUGCCAGGAGAAGACAAAAUGAAUUACAUCAUGACAACUGCUCUCGCCACGAGCAAAAUUAAUGAGAAGUUUAAGGCCCUAGUGUAUAUGCGUUCUGGUGGUACCCAAAAGGCUUGGGAGGCUUGUGCUACAGCUCAGGGAUCAAGUCCUGCUGUCCCUCCGUUUGAACCCGAGAUGAUGGAAAGCGAGAAGUUACAGAGAGGAAUGGACAUUAAGAUUGGUAUUGGAAUCAGUUGUAAAUCCGGAGUGCAGAGUGUAUUGCAUGCCCGUCAGUGGCAGAGUAAGGAGUUCCAGGAAGCGAUACACAAGAACAAGAAGAUGUACGAGAGUAUGGGAAUACCGAAAACUUUGAUGGAUAGGGCUACUAUAAUUGUUCAUGAAGCUGAUGAAGAAAUGGAUAAGUGGGAGAAGCAUCCUAAGAACAUGAAGCGUCUCAUUGGAAAUAGCAAAGCGCUUCAUCAACUCGUGAGUAAUUUUGAAAGCCAGACAAAUUCUGAGGAUGAGAGGAACGAGAGGUAUGUGCGACUUGACGGGAGCAUUGAGCCUGGCACCAAAAAGCUUCGAUUAGACCUCAAGGCUCCCAUGAUGGGUCUAGAUUACACGGCUUCCACGGAGCUAAUUCCAGGUAUUCUUCCAAUGAUGCUUCUUGAAAGCGAUGCCACCUACGGCAGUGGAUAUAUCAAGAAAAUCGGAAGACGGGGGUCAGUUCAUAAGAGUAUACCACCUGAAGACGUUUGCCUGAUUGAGAAGGACUUCGUCACCACUUUCGACGGUCUCGAAUACCCCUUGGAGCUGUCCAAGUGUUGGUGCAUAGCAGUGACAUCAGUACCCGAGCAGGAAUCUAAACUUUCAAAGCCCGCGAUCGAAUCAGAUAAACAGACUAGCAUCACCAUCCGCAAGGACGAAUCAGACGAUUCAAAACGUGAGAUCUCUGUGACCUUGGGGUCUGAAGAAAUUCAAAUGACGAAGCCUAAUUCUGAAAUUAUGGUGAAGAUCAAUCGUAAAAUGAUCGAUUGGUCCAGCAACGAAUAUCUUAUUAAAGAAGGAGAGGAUGAUGAGCUCGUGAUCGUAAAAUUGCCUGGUGAAGCUGUUUCCAUCGAAAGCGAGAAGUAUGGACUCAAGAUCAUAUUCGACGGACGCCGUACGCUGAUCGAGAUGGACGACAAAUACCGAGACUCUGUCCGCGGUCUCUGCGGAAACUUCGACAGUGAGUCAUCGAACGACUUAUUGACCCCACACAACCGUCUGAGUCCAAAACCCCAGGACUUCGCGUCCCUUUACGUCCUCCCAGAGAAGGAAUGCCAAUCGAGCUCAAAAGGAGUUCGUGAGAUGGAGAAAUCGCUUCCCGUUGACAAGCCACGUCUCACCGAUGUUGUAAGUGAUCGCGAAGCGGGACGACCAAACCACCACGGAAAAUGGGGAUCAUCUGACCCAUUCAGCAGUAGAUACAGCAAAAAACUCAGUAUGAUGUUUAAAACAAAAGUGGUGCCCGUUGGUGACACCACGUGCUUCUCUCUCAGGCCACUGCCAACUUGCGCACCAGGAGCUGAACCAGUUCGCGUUAAGACCGUCCUAUUUCCUGUCUACUGUCUGCCCAAUGGGGAAUCAGCUAAGCGCAUGUCGGAUCGAAUUCGCAAGGGUGCUAAUCCUGAUCUUAGCCAGAAGCCACCAUCGAUGAAGUUGAAACUCCAAAUCGCUCAACAUUGCUCGCCAGCUGCCUAAUGCUCGCCAAUCCUAAUCAACAGCUCCAACAAAAAAGGACCUGCGGACGAGGGCACAUUUUCCAAUGCAGCUCUGAUUUUUUUGCUGCUAAUUGGUAGAAGCUUUCAUCGGACGAGGGCAAUGCAGUACGAUUCAUGGGUAAAUGGAAUCAUUGAUUCCAUUGAGUAUCUCUGUUAUACACAGUUCCAUGGUCUUCCCCCAAAUAAAUAAUAUUUCACAUUUUCUUCUAUUCGAAAAUUAGUCGGAUGAAAUUUUUUAAUUCGCGAUUGGUAAAUUCGAUUUACGAGGGAAUCUCGAUACCAAAUGUGAGUGAUUCACAGUUGUACUUGCGAAUUUCAAUUGAAAAUCAGAGUAAGUGAAGUGAAAGACAGAUCUGUUCAAAGACAUUCGAGAGUUACACACAAUUCUACUGACUACACUGCAAUGGGAUUU